AUGAGUUCUCCCUUCGCCUCGGAGUUGACUGAGUUGGCGGCGCCGCGCCCGGGCUUCCGGCUCUCGGCGCCCCACGCGCUCGCGGCUCGCGGGGCUGCAGCCCACGCCUGCGGCCCGGGCUCUGCCCGCCGCUCCGGGGAGCCGAGGUUCCGGAGCUCCUGUCCCGGCUCCAGUCCGGGAAAAAGGAGGGCUGUCCCUGGCCGAGGCGCACGGCCGCGCGCUUUUCCUGCACUCUCCGCGGCCCGAUCUGUCUCUCUGGCGUCUCAUCAGCAAUCCCGGAUCCAGGCUUACCUGGAGAAGAAUAAAAUCGGUCCCCUGUUUGAGGAAUUAAUGACCAAAUUAAUAACUGAAACACCUGACCAGCCAAUCCCAUUUCUCAUUGACCAUCUUCAGUCUAAACAAGGAAACCGCGGACAACUUCAAAGAACUUUAUCUGGAUCUGCAGCUCUCUGGGCAGAAAGUGAAACAUCAGAACAUAAAGGAACAAGAAGGGAUUUCAGAAGUUAUGAUAAGCCUUGGCAAUUAAAUGCAAAGAAGCCUAAAAAGUCAAAAAGUGACCUUGCUGUGUCUAACAUUUCUCCACCAUCACCAGAAUCCAAAUCAUUGCCAAGGUCAGUAGAUCAUCCUAAGUGGAACUGGCGAAUUAAACCAGAAAGCUGUGAUUUUGAUGAAUUGAACCACAUCCUUCAAGAGAGCAAGAAGCUGGGAAAAGCCCUUGAGAAUCUCUCUCGAAGUAUUGCAAUUUCAGAUGAACUCGAUAAGGAAACAGUGGCAUUUAAUUCUUCUCUUCUGAGACCCCGAGUGAUUGGAGAAUGGAUUGGUCGAGAAGAGAACGAUGCGGACCCACUAGCCGCUGAAAUGCUACAGCCCCCAGUUCCAAGAAGUAAAAAUGAAAAAUGGGAAAAUGAAGAUAAUAGCUCUAGCCCUGCAGGAAGCUUAAAGGUGGAGCCCAAGACUAAAGGAUUAAAACAACAGCAACAACAACAUAAGAAACUUCUGGCAGCAAUGCUCUCUCAAGAUUCUUUUGAGUCUCUCCACAGCCCUACCCCAUCUGUAACAGAAGAAGAUAUUGAUAAUGAAGAUGAUGCAAUGGAAUUGCUGGGUAAUUUUAAAAAUUAA